AUGCCACCAAAGAAACCUUCCUCCACAACACCCAAGAAACAAGCAAUACAGGCCAUGGUCUCCCAAAAGACUCCUCGCCGUUCUGUUGCCUCUUCUUCUUCUUCCUCCGAAGAUAGAGAAGCACCCAAGAUUGAAACCAUCACUCCACGCCGAUCCACCAGUAGUAGCAGCAGCAGCACAGUCUCCUCCUCCAAGAAGGAACCAACGUCAUUGACAAAGAUCUCCAAGGCAGAGCCAUCGUCCUCCUAUAAGGGUACCCGUAUUCAGAAAGCAGGCAAGAAGAAGGCAGAGGCCUCAUCCAGUCAGAAACGACGAAAAACACCAGAGGAAUUGCAACAAAUUAAACCAUCAUCGAUCAAGAGAUGUGCCCGAAUGGCUGGAAUCAUGCGUCUUGGAAGGGAUCAUUUAGCCAUGGCACGUGAAAUUAUUGAUAGCGACCUUGCUGAGGUGUUGAAUAAGGCAGCAACAUUGACACUCUACAAGAAAAGGAAGACCAUACAGCAUGUCGAGUUGGCAAAAGUUGUUGAGAGUUUGUGGAGAAUCAAGUUGUAUCCAUUUGCUGAUAAGAAUGUAGAUUAUGCUUCUGCAUUGGAUGACAAUGAAGAUCUUGAUAAAGAUUAUACUGAGAGUGAUGAAAGUGAUGCAACUCACGAGAGUGAAGAAGAAGAAGAUAAUUGA